GCCCUCGUCCACUCAAAAAUGUCGUUGGAUCCUACCAUCACAUUUGUUGUGGUCCCCAAAGGGGCCCGCCUUAUGUCUCAGCCUCUCGACGGUGGACAGCCUGCUGUAGAGACGAUCAUAGAAGACCCCGUCGUUCUCACGAUUCCAAAAUCAAGGCUCGACGCCCUAUGCCUCCACCCCGUCAAGUAUCUUAGGUUCCUCGCUUGGGCCAUUUUGAUGCUUCCUGGCACUAUCCAACUCGCGGACACCUCUGAGGAUCUGCCCGAUGAUUUUCCACUCGACUCGUUGCUCCCGGCGGCUGAGUACAUCUUUGUACCGAGACCACCCUCCUCAUUGGCGGACGCCAGAACGUUCGACCCUACCACCCUGGGUAGGCAGGGAGAAGGCUCCGCAACCAGCGAAUCUCGGAAGCGGAAUUUCAGUGACAAGCUUCGUGAGCGCGACGAGCGCUGCAUCUUCACAGGAUUCCUUUUCUUCGAGGCUGCCCACAUUGUACCUUUCCAAAGAGGCAGCGAGUGGCUUCAAAAGCUCAUUCGAUCACGCCUGCAGCCAGAUUCGGAGCCCCCUUCGUACAGAUGCAAUGAACCGGGUCACGAGGUCGACGAUCCUAUCGCUACGCUGAGGGACAUCGACGAUAAAAGGAACGGUUUUUUGUGUGCCCCGCAUGGUCUCUACGAUGACGGCUCGUGGGCUAUCAUGCACACUCCCAAUCACAUCCUCACCGUAGAAGAUAUACCAAAAUCCGAUCGACGGGCCCCGGUCCCUCCCCAGACACUCCCCAAUCCUUCUAGACCCAAUUAUCAGCGCUUCACUGCGCAAUGGAUCGUAAACCCAUCCGAAGCACACCUCCUUGGGAUGGGUGAUAACACGGAUGCUGCGUUUGCGAACCAUAAAAUGCAAAAGCCGUCCGCCUUUCUUCUCGAUUGUGCCUACGGAGCUGCUGCAUUACGACAAUGGGGCGUUGGAGCCGACGGCGCGCUUCGUAUAUUCCCAGAACAUCUCCCUCGACCUAAGCCUAUCGAACACCCGAGCAUGUCCCGAUCCAGACCGGAGUACUCUACCACCGCCGAAGAUCGUGCAUCGAGGCAAAGGAAUGAUGGAGAUGAUCAUAGAUCUGUGCGCUCGGAUGACACAGUUAUCGAUGGCACCGAUAAGUUCGACGUCAUGUAUUCAGUGCUUACGGGCUUGUAUAAUGCAGGACUAGGCAAGCGUGUUGAGCCUCCCGAAGCGAAAGUCACGAGGUGGCUCGACACAGCUGGUGCAGGAAUAUGAUAGUUGUCGUGGUGACGUUCCAUAGUGAUUCAAUUAGGAAAAGUUGUCCCGCCAAGUCGCAUUUUGUCUCACACCGUAUUUCGUCGCAUCUCGUUCGUUCCGUCUCGUCGUAUGUUGUCUCGUACCGGAUCUUGUCGCAUCUCGUUCGUCCCGUAUCGUCGCAUUUUGUAUCGCAUAAUAUAAUACUGUAUAAUAUUAUCUCGCAGAACGUACAAUCCCUCAUUUUCUCUUUGCUAUCUCGGACCAUUACUGUAUUCUUAUGGCAAAACGUCGUGACAUUUAUGGUUUCAAUCUUGGCAGGGUUGCUCAGCAGUCAGGAGCAUUUGAUUGUGGCCACCUAACUCUCCGCUCAUUACUCCUGAGAUCAUUCCCUCGAAAGUAGUUAUCCAAUACUCUCUCUAUAUUCUGUUUCGGC